CAUGCACUUUAUCCCAAAUUCUCUAUAUCCCAUCAAUUCGAUGACGAUGAUGGUGGUGGUGGAGGACGAGGUGGUGUUUAGGAAUUGGGAUUAGGGUUGAGGUUUUGUGCGUGGAAAAUCUGCAGGGAUAGAGAAAAACUCUCGGCCUAGCGUUUGCCUCGCAAAUUUCGGCCAAUUCUUCGCCGUGAUUCCUCCGCUUUCUCUGCUUCGUCGUAGCUCUCUGCAUCUUCUCUCCUGGGCUGGGUCAAAAUUCAGCUCUCAUUUGCGGGAUUAUUUUGAUAAAUUGAUUUGAUUUUUUUUUCUUUUCCAUUUGAAAGAACAGCAGCUCUUUAAGUGGGAGGUUAUUUUAUUUUAUUUAUUUAUUUAUUUUUCUUAAAGCGAUUUUGAGAUUCGGAUUGCGGUCGUUUUUGGCACUUUAAAGCAAGGCGGCUCAGAUUAUGAAGGAUUGGUUUUUUUGUUCUUUUUUUUUUUUUCAUUGGGGUUUUAGAAACGAUUUUGCGGAAGUGAAUUUUUUGUACUUUAAAGCAAAGCAGCCCUUAAUUUUGAAAUUAUGUAGGAUUGAUUUUUUAUUUAUUUUUUUUAAAUUGGGGGGUUUUAGAAACGAUUUCGGGGAAGUGAUUUUUUCGCACUUUGAAGCGGGACAGCUGUUAGCGGUUGUAAUCUCAAGUGGGUAAGCUGCUUCCUGUAGAAAAUUGAUUUCUGGUGGUUCAGUUGUCUUUUACUAAGAGACACGGAAGCUGGAGGGGUGACAUAGACUGUUUGUGUUUGGGACACUGCCUAAAAUUGCAGUGUUAGAAUAAACAUGGGUCAAUUGUGUGAUUUCUGUGGAGACCAAAGAUCUAUGGUCUACUGCAGGUCUGAUGCCGCUUGCUUAUGUUUGUCCUGUGAUCGAAAUGUUCAUUCUGCAAAUGCCCUUUCUAGGCGCCACUCGAGGACCCUUUUGUGUGAAAGGUGCAAUUCUCAACCUGCUACAGUUAGGUGUGUUGAAGAGAAGAUCUCACUUUGUCAAAAUUGCAAUUGGAUUGGGCAUGGCAGCACUACCUCAGCUUCAGACCAUAAGAGGCAGACAAUUAACUGUUACUCUGGUUGCCCUUCAGCAGCUGAACUUUCUAGGAUCUGGUCUUUUGUCUUAGAAUUCCUUUCUGUGGAUGAUUCUAAUUGCGAGCAAGGAAUGGUCCUAAUGAGCCUGACUGAAAAUAGUGUUGGUAGCUGUUCACUGCCUCCGGUAAAUAAUAACAUUAAUGAUUCCACUGUUGCUGGUAGGACAAAUGCUCAAGAAAAUGUUGAUAAGUCUGAUCUUUGGAUGGCAUCCUCUCCGGUGCCUGCUCUGAACCCCAUAUCAUCCAGUGUAGACCAGCCAACAGAUCUUGUGAAUUCACCAACUACCAAGUUAUGCUGUUCCGGGAUUUGUGAUGAUGAUGAUCUUCUAUAUGAAGACUUCAGUAUGGCUGAUGUUGACUUGAGCAUAGAGAACUAUGAAGAACUCUUUGGUGUAUCCCAAAAUCACUCAGAACAGCUCCUUGAGAAUGGUGGAAUUGAUAGUUUGUUUGGAAUUGGGAAUUUGCCUGGUACUGAUGCCAGUGCACGGGGUGCAUAUGUUGCUGAGGGGUCCUCUGUUGUACAAAUUAAAGCCAUGCAGCCAGCGUGCAGCAAUCCUAUAUCUGCUGAUUCUAUAAUAAGCUCCAAAACCGAUCCAAAUCUUUGUUUUCCACCAAGGCAAGCACACUCAAGCCUCUCACUUUCUUUUUCCGGCCUCACUGGUGAGAGCAGUACUGGAGAUUAUCAAGAUUGUGGGGUCUCUUCAAUGCUUCUAAUGGGAGAACCUCCAUGGUGCUCUCCUUGUCCUGAAAAUUCAUUGCCUUCAGCUAACAGGGAUAGUGCUGUCUUGCGUUACAAGGAAAAGAAAAAGGCACGAAAAUUUGAGAAGAAAAUAAGAUAUGCCUCUCGCAAAGCAAGGGCAGAUGUCAGGAAGCGUGUGAAGGGGCGAUUUGUUAAGGCUGGCGAUGCUUAUGAUUACGACCCAUUGAGCCAGACAAGAAGCUUCUGAGUGUACAGUUUAAGACUCAACUAGAAAGAAUGCUGUUCUGUUAUCAAACCUUGAAUUUAAAGAUACUGGGUUAAGAUGCAUAAAUAAUGGAGUUCUGAGUUGGAGGUCUGGCCUUCCAUCAACUGUGACAUGGACUACCUCCUUGCCACUUCUUUUUUCCCGUGCUGGUUUUUUGAGGGUGGGAUCUCAUUUUUGCCCUUUUCUGCAAGGAGAAAUGAAAGUUCCAUUUUUGCCCUCUUUGGGAAGCUUGUAUAGAUUUCAUAUGGCACCCUUCUCACUUGCUCUCAAAGUCGGGAAGAUGCAGACCGCAACAUAAGGAAUGGUUUCACCCAGUGCCCACCCAGUACUCAGUCGAGAAUUGAACUCUCUCAUCAUGUUUGUAAUAUAUUUCUUUUGUUGGAACAUGUAGCACAGGUUCUUUAUCUGUAUGUAACCGAGAGGAACGAGUUUCUGGUAAUUCAACACACCGGGUUUAUUUGCUUAUGUAAGGACAACAAAAUUCAAAAAGAAGGUUGUAAAAAUAAAUGUAUUUCUAGCUGCAGUGUCUUCUCAUCUACUGCAAAUUUGUUUGUAGAUAUUUGUAGAAAACCCAGUUGGGACUCAAUGACGCGGGUACGUCUUCUGUAAAUUCUUUCUAUUGUUGAACUCCCAUUAUAUAAUGCUGCAAUUUUCAA